AUGUCGCCUAUUUUUUCACUAUUAUGCCUCCUCUACUGCUGCUGGUGCAUUCCCGUCGUGACCUCUCACCUAAGUCAGGUCUCGAAGACAUUUCAUAUCGUGGAGAAGUCGCCAGAAGGAACAGUUGUCGUCAACGAUUUACGCCAACUCCUUGGAGUACUUAGUAACAACGAGGGGAGCAGUAAUGGUGGUAGCAGUCUGCUGGCGAUCAGCAAUGCGGCUCUACCCGGUGCUUCCUCCUUCAAAAUUGAUCAAAUGCGCGGCAGUCUGGUGGUUGCAUCACCACCUGACCGAGACGCUCUAUGCCCCACGAACCCUCGUAGCAGUCUUGAUCUCGCCACUGUGGGGAGAAUCGGUGAUCGGCGCGACAUUUACUUGGGAGGCGAGACCUCUAAUUCCCACCCUAACAGCUUCAGUCAACCUUGUGUGAUCCAACUAACCAUUGUCUUUGGCUCCCCUAGUGACCCCUCCUUUGAUAGCCUCACCAUCGUUCUCGAUGACCUAAAUGACCACUCACCAAAAUUUGCGGAUGACGAAACACAGCAUGUAAUUCGGGUGUUGGAAACUCCUAGUGCGCACCUCCAAUCAGUAUCGCCCUAUGGGAGCAAAUCAAGCCCUACUAAGGUUCGUAUUCCCCUGCCUGAAGCUGUUGACCUGGACGCACCAGAAAAUGGCGUCCGUCAUUAUCGAUUAGAGGGAGAGGAUGCCUACCUAUUCUACUUGGAAAUUGGUCGAGGAGAUGAUGGCGGAAUAGCUGUUGAAGCCGAUCCUCGACAGCUUGUUUUAACUUCAGAUAAACGAUUGUGGCUUAUUCCCUCUGGAACGUCAGGAGAGACACCCUCGGGUUUGGACUAUGAACAGCGAAAGGAGUACAGGUUUGUACUGGUGGCAGUAGAUGGUGGAAUGCCACCGAGAUCAGGUAGACUACCAAUACGUUUAAUUAUUGAAGAUGUCAAUGAUCACGUUCCUACCUUCACUCAAACGCAAUACAAUGGAGUUGUGUCAGAAGAUGAUCUUCCAGGUCAUGUGGUUCUUCAAUUUCAAGCUAUUGAUGAAGAUGGAAAGUACGAAAAUCAUAGAAUAAAUUUUCGAAUUCCCGGCAAAGACGACCAGUCGACAAAUCUACCUUAUCCAGAGGCUCAAACAGCAGCAGCUAAUUUCUUCGAGAUUGAACUCGUUAAACCAUAUGACUACAGUCCAGAUUCUUCAAGCAUCCAUCGAAGGAACGCCACUACAGGUCAGCUGAUAGUUCAAAGAAAGUCGGAAAAUCAACUUCGACAGGCCGCUAAACGUGCACUUGAGGCAGCUAAAAAGUUACAGAUUUCUGCACUAGACACAUCUCAACCAAGACUCAGAUAUCGUCCUCUAAACGUUCGCUCUUAUCUUCUACGGUUUAUUGUGGAGUCCUACGAUUUUGGAAAGCCGUCACUGUCAUCUCAAGUUCCCGUCUAUGUUGAAAUUGUUGACGUGAACGAUGAAGCUCCAGAGAUCUUUGUUGACUAUAUUUCCACGAUUUCACAAAAACAACAACAGCAAGGCAGAAAAAGUUCAUGUGGGACUCUGCUCGAGGGUCAAGGUCGUUCGAUGAUAGCACAGGUCACGGUUGUUGACAACGAUGCAGCGUCCAUCAGUACGGAAGUUGCUUGCACUGUGAACGACUCCCUCUUCUCCUUGGAGCCUAUUUCCACAAUGGGCAGUGCAGGCUGGCCAAGUUUGGGGACAAGUAACCCAGGCAUGAGGGCCAACCAGGCUAUGCUGAUGUACAAAUUGAUGUCCAACAACCCUGUAGACAGAGAGGGUGCCAGCGGUAGCACUAUUGGGGUUCAGAUUACCUGCAUAGACAGUCAGGAUGUCGAUGUUAAUACAAAGAGAUUGACUUCGCGUGUGGACGUUUGUAUCAACAUUGAGGAUGUCAACGACAAUCCUCCUCAAUUCUCCUCCAGUUCGUAUACCUUUAGAGUGGCGGAAAACCUUCCCUCAAAUGGAAGUCGGCAGUUCUCCCUAGGGAAAAGUGGACACUUUAUUGGCAAGGUUCUCGCCACUGAUCGUGAUACCUUACAAAAUGCUAAAAUAGAAUACUCUCUCUCAUCAAAUACAAAGGGAAUUGUAGAAAUUGACGCAGAAAAUGGAAGCCUUUACCUCAUUACCCCCUUCGAUCGGGAGAAGACCAAACAAUUUGUAUUCACAGUAAUAGCCACAGAUCAAGCGGAGAGCAAUCGAACGGUCUACGGACGAUUAUCUAGCACUGCCGAGGUGAGGAUAAUUGUGACUGAUAUGAACGACUGUCAGCCAGAGUUUGAGUCAGCCAAUUACAACUUUGAGGUGGAAGAAAAUGCUGAACUGGCCGAGGUGGGAAGAGUCAAAGCAACUGAUGCAGAUAUGGGUGAUUUUGGCCGAGUGAGAUAUAGCUUAGCUGCAGAUGAUAUUCAGAAUGCUGGUGGUACACACCUUGUGAGUAGACAAAGUGCCAAUGCACUGAUAGCAAGCUUAUUUCAAAUAGAUCCGCGUCUGGGAAUAAUCCGACUGAGAGGUCACCUAGACAGGGAAAAAAGGGUUCACUAUGAAUUCCUUGUACUCGCUGUGGACAACGUCCCAAUAAGUGGUGAAGCACCAGUAAGUCACUCAGCCGUUCGAUUUACAGCCACCGCUACAGUAUUGGUGAUGGUUCUGGAUCAAAACGACAAUCCACCGCAGAUACUAUCCCCUAGAAAUCUUGCUGAAUUUAUACUCAGUCCAGAUCAAAUGGUCGCCGGUACAACCAUCUUCACCAUUGAAGGAAGUGACAGUGAUCAGGGAGAGAAUGCCACAAUUGAGUAUGAAUUAGUACUCCCUGAAAGUGUGACCGACAAUUCAUCCGACUUGAACUCGGCAAGACUAUUAAAAAACUUUCCUUUUGCAGUUGAUCAGACUGCGGGAGUCUGCUACCUCAAACAAAAUCUUCCUCCACUAGGCACUGAUGGCGCAAACCUCUACACUUUUCAAGUUAAGGCUUACGAUUUGGGUACACCAAGUAGUCUUAAUUCUACCGUCACCGUGAGGAUAUUGCGCGGAACCAAGGCACUGUCAGGAACCUACACAGACUCUUUCCUCAUCCAUAAUCGGUAUGGAACUGAGGGGAUCCCUAAGGGAGCAGACGGAGGUGGUGCCUACCCCGGUGGUGAAUGGUUAGGCGAUUGGAGCGGAGAGACUGGUGGCAUUCCCAAUAAGACUCUGGCAAUCAUCGUAGCUGCCGUCUUUGCCGUUGUCAUUCUCCUGGCCAUUUUGGUGUACGUAUACUUCCGACAUCUUAGGACCUUCAGUACACGAAUGAUCGUGAACGGAGUGUUGGGCAAUCCACAGACGAUCAAAGGUGCCGAAGGAUACAAUACUGUCACAAAGGACUUGGAUGUGAAAAGGCAAAGUGGUGUUUAA